CUAUACAGCACAGCUGCAUAAGCCUUCGAAUUUACUUUACAAGUACACAUAUUGUACCUUUGUGCAACUGGAAGCAUUUUAUCUUCUUCUACCUUGCAGUUGUUGGCGAUCAGAGACAGCAACAAGGUGAAGGUCGCAGUUCGAAUUCUCUUUUAGCACUUUUGGAUCCCCCAGAUCUAAAUUUUUUCUUCUGUAUGCUAAUACAAACAAAAGAGAACAAACUCAUGCAACUGAGCGACGGAAACUGAUAGAUGGUUGUGAAUUUUUAUAUCCGAGUAUUCAACCAUUGAUCAUGACUGUAUCGUCUGUCUCUGCCGACGACCGCUCUGCCACACUUAGCGGUGGAGGUUACCGAGAUGCGGAGGCACUAUUCCGUUCGAAACCGAUUUCCCAAAUUCGGAAUGUGGAAGCCACAACAAGAAAACAGAUUCAGGACAAGAAGGAGGAGCUCCGCCAAUUGGUCGGAAACCGCUACAGAGACCUCAUUGACUCCGCCGACUCAAUCGUCCUCAUGAAGUCUUCGUGCGAGUCCAUCUCUUCUAAUGUAGCUUCUAUCCAAAGUAACAUUCUCUCCCUCUCUUCAUCUCCUGUAUCAGAAACCCCCAAAUUUACCAACUCUAACCCCGUCCGCAUCCGAAUCUACGGGAUCGCCUGUCGCGUCAAGUAUUUAGUUGACACUCCUGAGAACAUCUGGGGAUGCCUCGAUGAGUCCAUGUUUCUGGAAGCGGCCGGAAGAUAUAUUCGUGCCAAGCACGUGCACUACAAUCUUAUGCAGGCCAACAAUGCUAAUGCUGAAUGGGAUCACACCAAGAUCUUAUCCAAUUUUCCUCUUUUGCAACAUCAGUGGCAGAUCGUUGAGAGCUUCAAGGCCCAGAUUUCACAGCGGAGUCACGAGAGGUUGUUGGAUCCGGACCUCGACGUUGGGGCCUAUGCUGAUGCUUUGGCUGCAGUUGCUGUCAUUGAUGAAUUAGACCCCAAGCAGGUACUUAGUUUGUUUCUAGAUACUAGAAGGUCUUGGAUUUUACAGAAAUUAGCUGCUUUUGGCUGUAAUGAUAAUAAUGCUGCCUUAGGCGAGGCUGUGGUUUCUGUGUUUUGUGAAUUUUUGAAGAUCAUUCAGGUUAGUAUAGGGCAAGUAGGCGAGCUAUUUUUGCAAGUUUUGAAUGAUAUGCCUCUGUUUUACAAAGUUAUCUUGUGUUCUCCUCCCGCCUCUCAAUUGUUCGGUGGAAUUCCUUAUCCAGAUGGGGAGGUGAGGUUGUGGAAAUUGUUUAGGGAAAAACUGGAGUCUGUAAUAGUCACUCUUGAUAAAGAGUACAUCGCAAGGACUUGUAUGACUUGGUUGAGAGACUGUGGUGGAGUGGUUGUCAGUAAGAUUAAUGGCAAGCACCUGAUUGAUUCUAUUGCCACUGGUGGAGAGCUUGCAUUGGCUGAAAAGUUAAUAAGAGAGACCAUGGACAGUAAACAAGUUUUGCAGGGGAGUUUGGACUGGCUCAAGAGUGUUUUUGGAUCAGAGAUUGAGUUGCCUUGGAGUAGGAUCCGGGAGUUAGUUCUAGAAGAUGACUCAGAUCUCUGGGAUGAGAUAUUUGAAGAUGCUUUUGUUAAGAGGAUGAAAACCAUUAUCGCCUCUGCAUUUGAGGAUUUGGCAAGAGGUAUCAAUGUGGAGGACUCCAUUUGUGCAAUUGGAGAGACACCUGGUGAACAUGUCGAUUUUCAGGCUUACUUGAACAGACCUUCCACAGGUGGUGGGGUUUGGUUCAUUGAACCCAAUGCAAAGAAGUAUAAUCCAGUAUUAGGUCACAAGGCAUCACCUGAAGAAAAUGAUUUCCAAAGUUGUCUCAGUGCCUAUUUUGGCCCUGAAGUUAGUUGUAUUAAAGAUGCAGUGGAUAGCCGCUGUCAAAAUGUUCUCGAGGAUAUGCUCAGUUUCUUAGAAUCUCCAAAGGCAGUAGUCAGGUUGAAAGAUUUGGGACCUUUUCUACAAGAUAAAUGUUAUGAUAGCAUGUCAUCCAUAUUGGCAGAGCUAAAGAGCGAUCUUGAUAAUUUAUUCUCUGCCAUGGGAAAUACCAGCAGUGGAAAUCAAUCCGUGCCUCCUGCUAUAGUUGUUGAGAGAUCUCUCUUUAUUGGGAGGCUGUUGUUUGCGUUUCAGAACCACACAAAACACAUUCAAGUCAUACUUGGUCCUCCAAGGUUUUGGGCAAAGGAUACCAUGGCUCAAGUGUUUGAUAAGUUGCCAUCUGUGUUGAGGCAAUCUAGAGUGGUCACUGAUUGUCCUAGUGCUGAUGGUCAAAGCAGGCAAAUGCCCUCUGGCUCUAGACGACAGACUUCCUCUGCUAUUGCAGCUUUGCUUGGAGCAAAUGAAAAUGCAAGCCCAAAACUUGAAGAACUAGCCAGAACUACCAGGGAUCUUUGCAUCAGAGCUCACAAUUUGUGGAUAUAUUGGUUAUCUGAUGAACUUUCAACUAUUCUUGCUCGGGAUCUUGGUAAGGAUGAUGGGUUGUCAGCGACAAUCCCUUUGAGGGGCUGGGAUGAGACAGUCGUCAAGCAUGAUCAAUCUGAUGAGAACCAAUCUGAAAUGAAGAUCUCACUUCCGUCCAUGCCUUCUCUCUAUAUAAUUUCUUUUCUGUUCCGAGCAUGUGAGGAAAUCCAUAGGAUUGGGGGACAUGUACUUGACAAAUCUAUUCUGCAAAAGUUUGCAUUAAGACUGCUGGAAAAGCUUAUUGAAAUUUACGAGGACUUCCUUUCUCAUGUAUCUCAAGUGUCAGAGAAAGGAGUUCUGCAAAUUCUGUUAGAUCUGAAAUUUGCUGCAGAUGUUCUCUCGGGGGGUGAUACCAAUAUUACUGAGGAUUUAUCUAAAAGUCCUGCGGUGAAGAUUUCUUUUAGAAGGAAGCAGGAACAAAAACAAAUGAAGUCAGUCUUUAGAGCACGCAUUGAUGGGUUAAUCAAUCAUUUUUCACAAAAUUUGGAUCCAAUAGACUGGCUCACGUAUGAGCCAUACCUCUGGGAGAAUGAGAGACAGUCAUAUCUACGACAUGCAGUUCUUUUUGGAUUCCUUGUGCAACUGAAUCGGAUGUACACAGAUACUGUGCAGAAACUGCCUUCUAAUCCAGAGUCAAAUAUCAUGAGAUGCUCUACUGUUCCUCGUUUUAAAUACCUUCCAAUCAGUGCGCCAGCAUUGUCUUCAAGAGGAACAGCUAAGCCAUCUAUUCCGGCAGCUUCAGAUGAUAUCUCUUCAAGAAGUUCUUGGAAAGCCUACACCAACGGGGAGUUCUCCCAAAAGAUUGAUUUGGAUGACAACUCAAGUUUUGGUGUAGCAGCACCAAUUUUGAAGUCUUUUAUGCAGGUUGGCAGCAGGUUUGGAGAGAGCACUCUAAAGUUGGGGUCCAUAUUAACUGAUGGGCAAGUAGGCAUAUUCAAAGACCGAUCAGCUGCUGCCAUGUCAACGUUUGGUGAUAUUUUACCUGCUCAAGCUGCUGGUCUUCUUUCAUCCUUCACUGCUACCAGAUCAGACCUCUAAUGUCCACUGAAUUUCUGUCCUCUUCUUUCUCCCACUUAGUUGCGUACUUUAUCCAAUAAAGAGCACUAAGAAAAUACUCAAACAUAGGGAUGUUAUGGCGCAGAGAUUGAAAUAACCUUUGAUCCUGUGGAAAAGUUAUCCAUUAUGGUACAUGGAUAUUGAAUGAGAAGGUUCACUAGUGAAUCAAGAGGGGGCACUGCGAGACUAUAGAGAAAUGGUUAUAUAUAUAUGAAGAAAGAUAGAAAAUAAAGAAUUUUAAACAGCGCGUGUAGGAAUGAUACGAUGCAAAUAUUUUUCUCAAUCUAUAUUGUGUAUUAAGUGAUAAAAGUAACAUGGUUUGAAGAAUAUGAGGUUUGCAUCUGGAGUUAUCUUGUAUAUAGGAACUAUUGUCUCUACAACUAUCAUAAAAAAGAACGGGGAAGCUGUAAAGUUUAAGUGAAAUUAUAUCUAAUCUGAGGUCAUGGCAUUGGAGCUGAAUAACUAAAAGUGGUCUGUCUUGUUUUGUUUCCCACUCCUGCAGAUGUGGUUUGCGUGGAUCGCAUGGCUUGUCCCAACAGAUAUUUUCUUGCACUUGUUGGCUUAAUCUUGCAGAAAACUUUGGGCAUUGAACUUUUGCUUGGUGGGUAUGGUGGAUAUGGUGGAUAUGGUCUGCAUCCCGGUCUCAUCGUUCAAUCAGAAUGUGGUGAAGAAAGGAUUUUUGAGGAGAAGCAUUUUGUUUUGAUGUUGAAAACGGGUCUAGACUCUAGAUUAAUGACCCACUCCACUGGGUGUCUUCCCGUUAAGUUGUUUUUGCUUUAGCUUUAGAUAUAAUUUUAUUUGUUCCUGUUAGGGUAAAUGUACCUCCUACACAUUUUUGUUACUUGUGUUUCUUUGGAACAAUGACUUCUGCAUUACUAAGAAACAAACCGAGAAAGGGUCAUGACCGAGUAGAAUUAAGCUUAGGUUGUGAUACACGUGUGGUUUAAUGCUGAAGAAAUGAAAAAUGAUAAUGUUGUUAGGUUGAGACA